GUACAUGUCAAGUAGGUUUUUGAAAGCAGCGCAAACUUCAGGUUGAAUGACUAGGAAGUUUGACUGCGUUUUGUGUAGAUUUUUGUGCGAAUUUAUAAACCGAGAAAUUGAAAUAAACAAUGGGUCAAAAUCAAUCCGGAGCGGGCGGUGGAGGCGACAAAAAGGAUGACAAAGACAAAAAGAAGAAAUAUGAACCUCCAAUUCCGACUCGGGUUGGCAAAAAGAAGCGUCGCGCGAAGGGGCCGGAUGCCGCCAUGAAACUGCCCCAAGUAACCCCACAUACACGGUGUCGGCUGAAACUGCUCAAAUUGGAGCGGAUCAAAGAUUACCUUCUCAUGGAGGAGGAGUUCAUCCGCAAUCAGGAACGCCUCAAGCCCCAGGAUGAGAAAAACGAGGAGGAACGUUCAAAAGUCGAUGACUUGCGAGGAACCCCAAUGUCCGUGGGAAACCUCGAGGAAAUCAUCGACGACAACCAUGCGAUCGUGUCCACAUCAGUUGGCAGCGAGCACUACGUAAGCAUUCUCUCCUUCGUCGAUAAGGACCAGCUGGAGCCGGGAUGCUCGGUUCUGCUGAACCACAAAGUUCACGCCGUGGUCGGAGUCCUCAGUGACGACACCGAUCCCAUGGUGACUGUGAUGAAGUUGGAGAAGGCGCCGCAAGAGACAUACGCAGACAUUGGCGGUCUCGACACACAAAUCCAGGAGAUCAAGGAAUCAGUUGAACUGCCCUUGACUCACCCCGAAUACUACGAAGAGAUGGGAAUCAAACCUCCGAAGGGAGUCAUCCUCUACGGCCCGCCGGGAACGGGUAAAACUCUCCUUGCAAAGGCCGUGGCAAACCAAACAUCUGCGACUUUCCUCCGAGUCGUUGGCUCCGAGCUAAUUCAGAAAUAUUUGGGCGACGGACCGAAGUUGGUUCGGGAGCUGUUCCGUGUUGCGGAGGAGCACGCCCCGUCGAUUGUUUUCAUUGACGAAAUCGACGCAGUAGGCACGAAGCGAUACGACUCCAACUCGGGCGGAGAAAGGGAAAUCCAGCGAACCAUGUUGGAGUUGCUGAACCAGUUGGACGGUUUCGAUUCGCGAGGUGAUGUCAAGGUCAUCAUGGCAACAAAUCGAAUUGAAACUCUCGACCCGGCUCUGAUUCGUCCCGGUCGUAUCGAUCGUAAAAUUGAAUUUCCGCUGCCCGACGAGAAGACAAAACGACGAAUCUUCAACAUUCACACGUCCCGGAUGACCCUGGCCGAAGACGUGAAUCUGAGCGAACUGAUUAUGGUUAAGGACGAUCUGUCGGGAGCCGACAUCAAAGCCAUUUGCACAGAAGCCGGUUUGAUGGCUCUCAGGGAGCGUCGGAUGAAAGUAACCAAUGAAGACUUCAAGAAAUCGAAGGAAAGCGUCCUGUAUCGGAAGAAGGAGGGCACUCCAGAGGGCCUCUACCUUUAAGUUUGUUUGUCUUCUCACUUAUUGAAAAUAUGAUAGAGCGAUAAAUAAUUUUGUAAUGUGUUUCGAGCUAAAAUUCACAAAUAAAAUGAAAGAAAACCAA